AUGGCUCACGGAGCAGCUAAACGAAUUGCGCUACAGAAUGAGCAGGCCCUCCGAAAUUUGAAGCUCGGAACGUUCAUCCCCACCCUCCUUUCUGCAAUCUUCCGUCUUUUAUUCCGGCGGAGCUCUCUCCCUCCAUCUAAGGGCUCGCUGGCACUCUAUGUUGUGACAUAUCUCCCUGCCUUGUUCCUUUCACGCUAUCUCGAAAGGAUGGGCACUACAAGACGAGACCCAACGACUGGAGCACUUAUAUCUCCGGGAGAGGACCUUAAUCAACCAGGAGUAACAGAAUGGUGUUUCGAUAUACUUUAUGUCACAUGGGCGUGUCAGAUCGGCAGUGGGGCAUUCGGUGAUUGGGUCUGGUGGUUCUACCUUGUGAUCCCAUUGUACGCCGGAUACAAACUAUGGAGUAACUUCAUUGGUCCGAUGCUCGGUUGGUCUCGUGGUGCGAACACUCAGGCCGCGGAGGGGGGCGGCGAGAAGGAAACGGUCAGCAAAAGGCAAGAAAAAUUACGAAAACGCUCAGAACGGGGUGAUCCGCGUGUCCGCUCUAUGCGAAAGUAG